AUGUAUGUGGAAUGGGGUAUUAGGGUGGGCAGGUGGUUUGGCGAGCCACAUGGCCAGGUGGUCAUUCACUGCGGCUUGCCUCGUACAGUUGUUGUUAUUAUUACUGCAGCGGGCUACCAGGUUUCUAUACCUUACCUGGUCGCCGCCGGCUACCCCAAUGUCGUGAGCGCCGCUCUGAACUGGUGCGUGCCUCUGGUGCUGGACGGGGUGGCGGAUCUGUCAGAGCUGCUGGCGGAGAUGAGGCUGCUGUCGUACAAUCCCAGUACGGCAUUGAUCAUGGCCGAGGAGAUAUUUGCGCCGCAACAACCCUCUGUUACCGGUGGAUGUGCGGGGGGUGGUCUUGAAAUUGGGAAAAGUGGCGAUGCCGUCAGCAGCGGCGGCGGCGGCGGCGGCGGCGGUCCCAGCGGCGGCGGCGGAAGCCUGCCUGAGGGCGAAACGGUUUCUGCGGAGUCUGGGGAUCGGGGCGAUCUUCCCCUGGAGCACGGCUCCAAUACGGCCCUUGCAUUCAAACACCUUGUGAAUGCCCUGCGCGCGGCCGUUGAGCCGUAUCCGCAACCGCCCAACGGUCAACCGCCGCCGCUCAACGGUCAAGGCCAAUUGCCGCUCCCGGAGCUGAUACCCUGGUCAAAGCUCUGUACGACGCAACGUGAGCAGUUUGUGGACGAGUUGCUGACGCUGGCCGACUUGCUGAUGAUUGCGCAUGCCGUGCUUUUGACAUUGCGUACGGCGUUGUCGUACGCCGUGGACCGCGGCGGCGUGGCGUUGGCGGCGGCGGCGGGAGCGCUGCGGCGAGAGGUGGCGGAGGUGCAGACGAUGCGCGUGGCGGCGUCGCGGAUGUUGGUGGAGAGAAUGGAGAUGCAGGAGCGUUCCGCUGAGCCGUUGUAUCCCAACUACCUUUACAACUGCCGUAACCGUCAUCACAACCACCAGCAUAACCGUCAGUCCCUUAAUAAACAGCAGCACCCCGACACUCAGGUCAGUACGGCAGCAACGGCAGCCGCGGCCGCACCAGCUAUCGCUAACGGACAGGGGGCCGCAGCGGCAGCGGCAAACGGUAAUACUGAGAACUCGUACGGCAACGGCAGCGGCGGUGGCGAUGGCAGCGGCGGCGGCGGCGCGAGUAGCGAGUGCGAAGAGCUAGAUGAGCAAAUGGAGGAGGUUGUGUCGUGGCGCCACGUCAACGGGCUGUACGAGCACAGCAAGACCGUACUGCAGUGUGCAGCGGACGCGGCGGCAGCGAUGCUGGAUCCCCAGGCUCGCGCAGAGGACGCCGCCAGAUGCGACGCGCUGGUCACCGCCCUCUUCAACGACCUACAAAUGCUGGAUGGCCUCGUCGCCCUGGCCGCCAUGCCGCCGUACCACCGCCUGCCGCUGGCGCAGUGGGACCCCAUCGCCGCCGCCGCUGCGUCCUUCAUUCGAGGCCUGGCGGAGGAGUGCCUGCAGUACCUGAACCGGAUAGCGCCGCCGCUGCCACAGCCACUGCCGCUAUCGCCGGUAACUUCAUCACCGUGGUUCUGCCAUGGCGCGGGAGCGGUUGAGGCGGUUGAGGCGAUGGUGGUGGGCCCCUCCUCCGCAGCGGCAACGUCCGUGGCUGGUCUGGCUGGGAGCGCUGCGCGUGUCGUUGGUGGCUGGAGCGGCACUGCCGGUAGCGGCCGUGAGGGCAUGAACGUGGAGGUGUAUAAGGAGGAGGAGGAGGAGGGGGAGGAGGCGGGGGGACUGGACGACCCGUCCUGA